AUACCUUGUGGUAAAUAGGUGCCUCUAAAUAUACCAGUGUGGUAAUUUAGCCGCGUUUGUAUACAUCCAUCCAUGUUUUAUCAGAUAUAUCUGCAUCUGCAUCCAUGUCAACAACGUAACCAAGCCUAAUAUCCUGAAAUACGGGCCACGGCCCAUCCUAGGAUUUGUUGGAUCCCCCAUAGGUUACUGCUUUCAUCCACGCUCGAGAAACUAACCCUACCGAAUCUCAUCUCCCGUCCUCUCCCAUCACCACCACCACGGCUGAGGAUAUCUGAGUCAUGCUCGGAAUCUCAUACGGAGAGCUCUUCCUCAUCGUUGGAGCAACCGCAGCUCUCAUUGGCCCAAAAGAUCUUCCAGUGAUCGCGAGGACAGCAGGUCGGUUAGUGGGCCGCGCCAUCGGGUACGUCCAGAUGGCCCGCGGUCAGUUCGACAAUGUAAUGCAACACUCCCAAGCAAGCCAGGUGCAUAAAGAGCUUCAAGAUACUAUGGCACAAUUAGAAGCCAUUCGGUAUGAGAUUCGGAGCAUUUCAAUUAUGAAUCCUGUUCCGUUCACAAGGAGGAUCGAUGGGGCAACGGGAGACCGUAUGUCGAAUAACAGUACAAGUGCUAAUGUGAUGCCUAAUGAAGAAAUCAAGCCUACACUGUAUACUCCCAAGAGCUUUAAUUUAGAGGAUAAGGACUCUUUGAGAUUGCACAGCCAAGCUAUGACUUAUGCUAGAUUGGCUGAAGCACCGAAUGUAAAAUCACAUUUUGUUGAGAAUGGUGAUGGUGGAGGGAAGAUCGAUGAUGAAAGGGAUGGUUUGUUAGCUGUUCUUCCUGUCUCUGCUGAAAAUGCUGGAUUUCUUCCAAAGCAUAAUGGUAAGCCUAAAGGAUCAGAUAUUGUGCUGGAAGCAAUACUUGAAGCAGAGGUUGCUCAAAAUGCCAAACAUUUCUUCUCACAGCCAGAGAAUCAGAUACCUGAAGAUAUACCAAAACGGUGAGAAUGUGAAGUUAUCUUAUUAUGGUGUAUAAUGUUUGAAUUCAUUUUGAAUAGAAGUCUCUGACAUGAAAAGAUACUUAAAGAAUGAAACGGUUAAGAAAAAUAGCAGCUUUCGUGGGCUCUUUUUCUUCGCUCGGA